AGUCCUCGGUUGCCAAGGGUGAUGAGUGGAUGCUCAGUGAGUGAGAGAGAGAGGGAGAGACCUGCUGCGGGAUCCCAGUGAGUGCCGGACGAUUUUUGGCUAGAUAUGGAGAAGAAAACUUUAGACAUUCCACCUGUGUAUUCGCCAAGCAUGGGAAGAGGUCACAGUGGAUUAAUGCCACCUUCCCACUUCGAGACCCCUCGAAGGUUUCCUGCUCCCCCUCCAUCUGUGAGCAUUCCUCCACCAUCUUGUCAUCCUACAGUUUAUGAACCCUGGGAAGAUCUGGCAGAGCAGUUAUCACAGCUUAGGAAAGAGAACGAGGAGUUGAAGAAGAGAUGGGUGAGGGGAGAAAGCACAAGAGCCAGGUCACUGGACCGUCACCAACCGCAGGCAGAGUCGCAGGCCUUGGAAAUCAUUUCCCAACAAAUGCAGGAGAUCCGUCAGCUAGAGCUGGCAGUGUCAGAUAUUCACGAGAAAGAAGAGAAACUGGUAAAGCUAACUCAGGAAGUCCAGGAGCUGAAGCAGGCUUUGAGAGAGAGCAAGGAAGCAGAGGAGAGGAGAAGGCUGGCAGAAGACCUAGCUACAAGGAAGCACCAGGAGGAGCUUUCAGUAAUGUCAGAGAACCACAAGAUGGAGUCAUCAACCCUAAAGCGCCAAGAACAGAUGUUGGCGCUGGAACUAAAAGAGUCACACCAGAAGCAGGAACAGGAAGUGACAUGCCUGAGACGGGACUUACAAACUGCCACUCAAGAGAGAGAGUGCCUGGCAGAGCAGCUAAGUCGCUGUCACCUGCAGCUAGAAUCCCAGAAUGCCUUGGUGCAGCAACUUAGAACGUACAUCGGGGAACUGGUUCCAGAUAACAGACGGUUGGAGGAACAGAAGAGAGAGAGGGCGGAGCUUCGGAACACUAUACAGAUUCUGGAGAAGGAGAGAGAGACUUUGCAGACCUCAGUUUCUCUCCUGCACACCCGCUUGUCGUCCCUCACAAACAUCCUGUCCCUACAGGAAACAGAGCUAUGUAAAAAGGAAAUCCAUGGAGAUAGAGAGAAGACCCAGCUUUUGUUGUCACGGUGGAGGGAGAAGGUUUUCUCUCUGAUGGUGCAGAUGAAAUCGGAGGAUAUCAACAGGACUAAUGACCGAGAAAAGAUCAGGGAGAAGAUCUCCUUGUUGGAAAAUUCCUUGGAAGAGAGUAAUCAGCAGCAGAUCCUUUUAUCUCACUCCUUGCAAGACCGAACAGCUGAACUAGAAAUGGAGCGUUUUCAUAGCAAGUCUCUGCAGGCUGAACUAUCUGCAACACAAGCUAAUUCUGACGUUCUGCGAAUCAGAGGGGACAAAGCAGAUCAGGUAGUUCUGCAGCUGAAAGCAAUGAUUGACAGGUUCGUUGAAGUGAUGGCAGCUCAGGAGGGGUUGCUAAAAAUGUCUCUUUCAAGACUGGUGACUUUGGGGCAGAGGGUUUCAUUUGCUGCUAAGAGAGUGGACGCUACACAGGGUCUCGUAGCUCAGAAACUCGCCCUGAGGAAGCUGGCACAGGAACGAGAUGUAAAAGCCAAAGAUGCAGCCACUGAAAGUGACAUAUGUCGUCCCUCCUAUGAGGACCUGCAACUGGAGGUGAAGUUUUUACAUGAUGAAAGAGACCGUCUGAGUUUAGAACUAAAACGCAGUGCUCUGCUGAUCGAGGGGAAAGUGAAAGAGACUAGAGAAAGAGUGGCGGCAGAAUUAGCAGAAUGGCAGCACACUGCAUCCAAUUUACGUCAGUCUCUCCGUGAGGCAGAGCAGAUAGAACACGAGCUGAAAGAGAAAAUGAAAGAGACCGAGACGAGACUUCAGGAGACCUGUGAGAUUGAGGCCCAGCUCCGGGAACAAUUGCAUGGACAAAAGACAGCGUAUGAGACAGAAAUGCAACGUAAAGUGAGUGAGGCGGAAGAGAAAAUGACACAGCAGCUGGCUCAGAUGGAGAAGCAUCUACACGAGGCGAGAAGAGAGCACACGAAAGCAGUGGUUGCUCUCCGUCAGUCAGAACGUCAGAUGCAGAGAGAGAAAGCUCGGACCCAGGAGACUUUGCACACAAUGGAAGAAGCUGCACGUCUGCGGGAAGAACAGCUGAGUCGGCAGCUACGGGAAGCAGAAAGGGACAAAAACCUAAUGAUUGCCACGUUGAGACAAGAGGGCUUAUUAACCACAUACCAGAAGAACAGGUCGUCUGCUAUUCCGUCUAUAAGGAAUGAAAAGGAACAAUCAGGAACAGAUUCUCAGACUCCAGGACCCAGGCCAGGUCCUUCUUCCAGAGAAUCCAUUUCAGCAAUGCUGGCCAAUCUUCAGAGUCUUGGAGAUACACUACUGACUGAGGAAGAGGAGGAAGAUGAUGAGGAACAUGUUAAUCCACAGACAAAAUAAAGGCCAGUUUUAACAUCCACUUAGUGGAGUAGUUGCCACAGUCAGGCAAAAGGAGGCACAAGUCAAGGUCCCCACACAGGACAAAACCUUUGAAGAGUGCCUUAAUGCUUGGAGGAGUGUUUAGACAAAGCCUGGCACUUUUCAGUGACUCAGUACGCAUAUAGCUUGGCAUUUCACCUGAAGCUAUGCCGGGCUGGCAAAGCAUGCCUGUAUCAGGACAUGCUAAAGAUUCAUGAAUUUCCAGUUUGCAUAAACUAUCACAUUUGAGGAUCACAAAACGUGAAAAAUAACUUUUGCUUCUUGUGUUGGCAUUUGAAAAACAUUCUCCUGUGCCUGACUCUUAGCUGGACACCUCCCAGCCAUGCCAUUGCUGAGUAAGGAAUCCCUGUUUGCACAUGAAUUCAGUACAGAACUUGUAAUAGAUGUGAGAAUCUUGAGCAGAUCGGAUCCUCCAUCUGUUGCUAGACUGAGAUUGUAACGGAGGUGUGGUACUAGCAUGUAUCUGUAAGUACAUAAGGUUUCUAAAUGUCUUAAGUAAUGUCACAUGGAAUUUACCAGAACUACAAAUGUGUUUAUUUUAUAUGCAAAAUAAAUUAUUCACAAACU